AUGAAUACAACACCAAAAAGCAACACCAACAGGCCUGCCACCCGAGCUGCGACCGCCAGCGAAGGGCAAGAGGACGCCUGGGAAACAGCUCAGUCGGGAACAGAGCAAGAGCAAAGAGAAGCAGAUGCCCAGGACUACAAUGCAAAGGGGGCCAGACCGAGGACAAGGGGUGGUGUUCCUGCUCCUUCUGUAGCGGCCACAUCGCUAACAGACGUGGUACGAGACUUCUUCACAUCCCAGCAGUUGCGAGAUGAGGCUUGUCAAGAGGCGCAGAUGCGACGUGACGAGGCCAUGCGAGAAGAAUUACGCAAUUUUCUCACAGCAAUACGACCGCGGCAAGAAUCUCCCCUCUCACACCAACUAGCAUUUUCCAGCAGGCUUGCAGAGGAAAGCCCAAGACUCGACCUGCCACCAGUCACGCCGAAGCCAGAGCCAGAGCGUGCCAGCCAGCCCUUUGCAGUAAGCCUAGAAUACUCACCAGUAUACUUACCAACAGUGUCCAACGCCGCAGCACAGCAGCCAGCGCCAGCCGUCGUCCCAGCACUGCAGCCGCCAGCGACAGCCAGCCUUGCACACCCACAGGUGACAAUGUACCCAGGACGACCCCGUGAACCAAAACUACACCCUUACCAGCAUGGAGAAGAUAUGGAGAAUUUCCUGCUGAGGUUUGAGCGUCUCGCACGUACAUGGCAGUGGCCAGAACGAGAGUGGGCAGUAAGACUGGUUCCUCUGCUCACUGGCAAAGCCCUGGAAGCAUAUUCGGCGAUGGAUGAGGACCAUGCAGAUGACUUCCAGAAGCUGAAGGAGGCCCUGCUGCUGAAGUUUGACAUCACCAAGGAGACAUAUCGACAGUGGUUCCGGAGGAGCACAGUACCAGCGGGAGAAACACCAAUGGAGACCUAUCAUCGCUUGAAGCAUCUCUUCCGUCGUUGGGUGCAACCAGAGAAACACACCAAGGAGGAGAUCGGCGAGAAGGUGAUUAUGGAGCAGCUGCUGAAUGUACUGUCCCCAGAGGUGCGGACCUGGGUCCGUGAACAUGAGCCAGAAGAUGGAAAGACCGCUGCUAAGCUGGCGUUGCAGUACAUCAAUGCCCACAAGGUGACACCUAACCGCCCAGCGUUCACUCACAAGCCAUCACAGGGCUAUAAGCCAAGUGUAGGUAACUCUGGGGGUGGGGAUUCUACUCACACAGUUGGGGGUAACAAUCCUGCUCAUACAGUUGGGGGUAAUGGGAGAUCUGCAUUGGUAUGUUUUUUCUGUCAACAGAAAGGUCACAAGGCCUCUGUUUGUCCCUUAAGGAAGCCAAAACUGUCUGGGUUUUGUUAUGUGCCAAGGGAGGGGGAUGCCAGAUCUGAGGUUAACGACAUGGAACCAGUAAACCAAAAAGUUAAAGUUAAUGGGGUUACACUUGAUGCGAUGAUGGAUACUGGUAGUGCUGUGUCUUUAAUCAAAAUGUGUCAUGUACCUUUAAACUGUCUUGAUUAUCAGAAUGAGAAAGAAAUUGAGUGUGUACAUGGAGAUAGAAAGCAACAUCCAGUAGCAGAACUUACUGUUGAAAUUGAUGGAGUGAAAUACUUACUGCAAAUGGUGGUUGUGCAAAACUUACCUUUUGAUGUUAUCCUGGGGAGGGAUGUACCAGUGUGGAGUGAUUUACUUGGAUCUGUUGCUGAUGUGUCUCAUGUCAAUGUGUCAUGCCCUGUGGUUACCCGUUCCCAGAAGGCUGUGGAGCCACAACCAGAUCUGUCAGAUAACUUGAUCCAAGGUGGGGAUAAAGGGCCACGAAAAUCGCGUCGCCAGCGACGCUUAGAGAAGUACAGCCAUGGGGCUUCGUUUCAGAAAAUUGAUACUGAGGGGUUGAAUGUUGAUUGGGAUAUGCCACAUAACAUUGUUAAACUGCAACAGGCAGACUCCACACUAACUUCACUGAUCCAAAGAGCAGAGUCUAACACCACAGAGAAGUUUGCUCCAGACAGGUCUGAAAGAGCUCCGUUGUGUCCACUGCCCGUCAUUUCCUCUCCUUUCCGCAGAAUUGCCAUGGACAUUGUGGGCCCCUUGGAAACAAGCAGUUCUGGGAACAGGUACAUUCUGGUGGUGUGUGAUUAUGCCACCAGGUUCCCAGAAGCAUUUCCACUGCGACGCAUAACCACACCCAAAGUUAUCAGUGCUCUUCAGUUGUUUUCCAGAGUUGGCAUUCCUGAUGAAAUCAUCACUGACCAAGGCACAAACUUCACCUCUCGCUUGAUGAUGCAGCUUUACCGGCAGCUGGGGAUCAAGGCUCUGAAGACCACACCGUAUCAUCCCCAAACUGACGGGCUCGUCGAGCGGUUUAAUCAAACUUUGAAGUCGAUGCUCCGCAAGUUUGUGGAUGACACAGGCCGAGAUUGGGACAAGUGGCUGCCUUUUCUGUUGUUUGCCUAUCGGGAAGUGCCUAAAGCGUCAACCGGCUUUUCGCCGUUCGAGCUCUUGUACGGGUGGUCAGUGAGGGGGCCACUAGACCUCCUGAAGAGUUCGUGGGAAGGCACCACCACCACCAACGAGGCUAACAGCCAAGGCAUCGUCCAGUACGUGUUGCAGAUGCGGAACCGACUGGAGAAGUACCAGCAAGAAGCCCAGGAGAAUCUCCAGGAAGCCCAACAAGAUCAGCCCAACAACGUAUGA